AUGGACGAUUCGUCCAUGCAAGAGCGUUUUCGAGAUUCCGACUUGACCAUGCGGCAGAGCAAUGCCACGGCCAUUCUAGGAGGAAGCAAGAAAAAGAAGAAAUCCAACAAAAAGAAAAAACAGAGUGGUGGUCCACUAGUAGCACAAGAAGAAACGACAAAAAUCAAUCGCAUGCGACUCUUGCUCUUGUCCGUAUUACUCGUGGCCGCCGUGACGGUGGCAUCGGUGAUUGCCGUCUUUUUACAACAAGAAGAACAAGACAAAUUCGAAACCGCCUUUUUGACUCAUGCGUCCAAAAUCAUGGAUUCGUUACAAAUCAACAUUCAAACGCAAUUGGCAACGCUGGAGACCUUUGCCAUUACACUGACAUCCUUUGCCGAAGCGACCAAUGCUACGUGGCCGUUUGUGACACUGCCCGAUUACGAACGACGCACCCAUUCCAUUCUCGGUCAAGCCAAGAGUUUGUCACUCAUUGUAUUGCCGCUCGUCACCAAUACGACACGACAAACGUGGGAACAAUACUCGGUAGAGCACUUUGGGGAAUGGGCACAAGAGAGUCGUGAUUUUCAAGUCCAAGGUGGAUACGACCAUUACAACAAUAAUCACCACAACAACAAUCACAAUAAUCCAUUCCGAGCAAGACAUGCCUUUUUGCGCAAUCAUACUCAUACUUCUGAUACUGAAAGUACAUCAUCAUCCUCUACUUCUGAAAGUAGCAGUACGACGACACUGACGACCGCCACGGCCACACUCGAUUACUCGGCCGGUAUUUCCCAUGUCAUUCAUACCCGCAAUGCCUUGGGAGUCCGGAUUGCAGCUCCAUCUACGGAUGAGUUUUAUUUUCCAAUUUGGCAAAAUGCACCCUUUGCCAAUCAACAAGUCGAAAACAACAAUCUAUUCACACUCGACAGAUAUCAAGCCGGCCUUCAAGUGGUAUUGCAAGAAGGAAAGGCCAGUAUGGGAACGACGGCCAAUCAAUACGAUCCACCGGAUCCACGGACCGAACCAUUUCUCGUUACCGUGGCAUCACUGAUUGAAUUGUGGGGAUUGCAAGAAUCAAAUACGAAGGACGACAGUAAGGAUCCAUUUGGAUUCUUGUUUUAUCCCAUUCGAGACAACAAUAACAACAACAUUGUGGGAGCCAUGAUCAUGUACCUCCAUUGGAGAAGUCUCUUUCUCGAUAUACUCCCGCCACAAGCCGCCGGAAUUGAUGUCGUCUUUGAAAGUGUCUGUCAUACUACUACGAAUGAUCCACAAGAACAAGAACUCGAACGAGAUAUUUUCACCUAUCGCAUCCAUGGAGUCCAUGCCGAAUUUGUAGCCUCGGGAGAUUGGCACGAUGCACGGUACGAUGAUCUCGAACAAUCCAUUUCCGUGGUCGACGCUUUUAAUCAAAAUCGAAUGAUCAAUGAUAGUACGUCGUCACGUUAUUACGACGGCGUUCCACUCAGUGACAAGAAUUGCGAUUACAUUUUACGAGUCUAUCCCACCGAUAUGCUCCGAAGUGAUUAUACCAACAAUGCCACGAUUUACUAUCCGCUCGUCGUCGUGGGUGUAUUUUUGUUUGCCGCCAUGGUUUUUGGACUCUACGAUAUUACAGUCGAAUUACGACAACGCAAGGUCAUGCGGACGGCACUCAAAACCAAUGCCAUUGUCACGUCGUUAUUCCCCGAAGCCAUUGCCAAUCGUAUGAUUGAAGAAGAAGACGUCUCGGCCAUGAUGGCAGAACAACAGAGUGGUGUACCCAGUUCCUUUAUCAACACGACACAGAGCAUGUUUGCAGUGGACAAUGUCAGCAGUCACAGCAGUGUCACCACCAACACGUCCACACCCGGAAAUAAUCGCCGGGCCACGGUCGUGUCCAAUGCCAACAAUUUACUCAAAAAGACGCGCGAUUCGCUCUUUUCGCACACGCUGCACAAUCGACGCAGCCAUGGCGACAAUACUAAUAAUGACAAUAAUAGUGUCGCGGGGAAUAGCAGUGUCGGCAGCCGGCGACGGGGGAGUAUGAAUGCGUUUGUGUCCAAUCGACAAAUGCUAUCGACAUUGCUGACCGAUGGAUCCAAUCGAUCGUCCAAUAAAGCCGACGAUGAGUCCAUCAAGACGGAAAAAUCGCAACCGUGCAUGGCGGAAUUGUGGCCCGCCACGACCGUCAUGGUGGCGGAUAUCGUGGGAUUUACUUCUUGGUCCAGUGCACGUGAUCCUGGACAAGUGUUCUACUUGCUUCAGACAGUCUAUCAAUCGUUUGACAAGCAAGCGAAAAAGAAAAAGGUCUUCAAGGUUGAAACGAAUGCGGAUUCUUACGUAGCUGUCACAGGUCUUCCCCAAAAACAGGAUGAUCACGCCUAUCGCAUGGCACGCUUUGCUGUGGACUGUCUGAAAGAAAUGAAUGAACUGACGAUUGAACUUGAGGCAGAACUAGGCCCCGACACUGAGGAACUCAAACUCCGCAUAGGCCUCAACUCGGGCCCCGUCACCGCCGGAGUACUGAAGGGAGAUCGCGCACGGUUCCAGCUUUUUGGAGACACGGUCAACUUUGCACGUUGUCUUGAAGGCACGAGCAAACCAAACCGUAUCCAUCUCAGCAAAACAACGGCCCAGCUAUUGGAAGCCGCUGGGCAUGGUGACUUGGUCGUCCCCCGAGAAGGUCAGGUUCACAUCAAAGGUAAAGGCGUGGUGGAGACUUGCUAUAUUCGAACAUCCCAUUCCAAAAAUCGAAAUAAAAGCAUCCAUAUACCGAGUCAGUUGAUGGCGGGUGUAAGCAAUGAGGUUGACCAAAAGAUCGACCGCCUUAUCCAGUGGAAUGUCAAGAUUCUCAAGGCACACCUCCAAAAGGUUGUUGCAAGACGCAUUGCUGUGAAGGGUAGUACCUCUGGGCAGGAAAAGGCUCCCAUCUUUGAUCGUGGUGGGAAAACAUGCUUGGAAGAAAUCGAGGACAUCAUUGCAAUGCCUCCGUUCGAUCCAACAAUCCAAGGAAAGGAAAUGGAUCCUCGGUCAGUCAAUCUCGGACCCAAAGCAAUAUUCCAGCUCAACGUGUUUGUUCAGGGAAUUGCAGCGCGAUACCAUGAGAACCCGUUUCACAACUUCUUCCAUGCAAGCAACGUUACCAUGAGCGUUUCAAAGAUGCUGACCAGAGUUGUAAGCCCCGACCUCGAAGACGAAGGAGUUCCGUCGGCUACGAAUGUGGCACAAACUGCGCAUCAUUUUUCACAUGGGAUCACGAGUGAUCCGCUAACUCACUUCGCGGUUGUCUUGAGUGCUCUCAUUCAUGAUGUGGACCACCGAGGAAUAUCAAACGCUCAAUUGGCAAAGGAAGAUCCUUCUAUGGCAGAAAGGUACAAGGACAAGUCAAUUGCAGAGCAAAACUCCGUGGAUAUCGCUUGGGACUUGCUGAUGAGCCCCGGAAUGAGCGACCUUCGAGCAUGUAUCUACAGUGAUAGCGACGAACUGCACAGAUUUCGGCAGAUGCUCAUCAAGACUGUGCUGGCGACGGACAUCUUCGAUAAGGAGCUGAACGACCUUCGCAAGAAACGUUGGGCAAUGGCUUUUGACAAGUCGAAAGAUGUCGACCCCGCCCUGGCCGAACAGGAGGCCAACGUGAAAGCAACCAUUGUUAUUGAGCAUCUGAUCCAAGCUUCAGAUGUGUCGCAUACAAUGCAACACUGGCAUAUCUACAGAAAAUGGAACGCAAGGCUCUUUGCCGAGCUGUACGAAGCUUACCUUGCAGGCCGUAUGGGGAAGGACCCCAGUACGUUUUGGUACAAUGGCGAAAUUGGCUUCUUUGACAAUUACAUCAUCCCCCUCGCAAAGAAAUUGAAGGUGCGCUCAGCUAUUUGCAUUAUUUAUUUGGUUUUCGUUUUGCCUCGCGACCUCCAUGACCUUACCGUUCGUCGGUUCCGGGGCAUCCAAUCGACGAUGACGCAGGAGUGCCAAGUUUUUGGGGUUUCGAGUGCAGAAUUCUUGAGCUAUGCGAUUGCCAAUAGAGACGAAUGGGUUCGCAAGGGGGAGGAAAUCGUAGAAGACAUGGUAAAGCAAUAUCGAGACCCGUCUAUGGUGGAAGAAAUGGAAGACGAGAUUGACGAGAGCUACGUUGACGAUGACGAAGAGGAUGACUUAUUAGAAGAAGUUGAAGAAAACAAAGCUGUCGACAAGGACGCCGCCCCGAAGAAGCCAGCACUCCAAGGAAUUCUAAAGUUUGCCAACAAGGAACUCCAGCGACAGGAAGAUGAUAAAAACAUCUUAGAUACGACAAAAAAUCAGGAAGCCCCACCGCUCACGACAGCUCCCGAGAAUGUGGAACAAAUGGAGGAAAAGAAAACUGAUGCGGUUGGACAGACGGAUACAACUGGCAAGGCCGAUGAUGAUGGUGACGACGACGACGACGAUGUUGGUCCAAGCGCUCUUGAUGACUCCACCGAAUCAAGCAACGCAUCAUCUCCGGCCCUUCAGGGCGUUAACAAUCUUCUUUCAAAGUUGCCACAAGGCAAGGAGGAGAAUACAACUCACACUACUCGGCAAAAAGGGCCAGACCAUAAGGCUCUUCUGACUAAAGAUAUAGGUGACGAUGAUAGUAUCGACACAAGCAGCCAUUCGAGUCGCUCGAGGCAUGACGAAGACAACACACCGAGCACGAGGAGGCUAUCCAACUGGUUGGCAAGCUGGGAAGACCAAGGACCACUGGGAGCAUUGCAUGUUGAAGAUGAAGAGGCCUCCUUUGAAUUGUCACUAGACAAGCACACUGACAACCAUGAGGUAGCUCCAGUCACCAUUGACGAGGCCAAAGAAGGAAGUAGUGGCACCAACGAAGCAACUCCCGCCCUGAAAGGCUUGAACGUCCUUGCCAACGGGCGACCAACUCACAUAGACAAUGAUGAAAAUGAUGACCAUAUCGACAACGUUAGUACUAUGUCAGCUGACGACGUUGGUUCGGCAAAGCCAAUUGAAUAUGGAAAUAUCAACACAAGCAGUCACAGCAGUCGCUCUGGGCAUGAAGUAGAACAAGCAGCUCCCAUCCCUGCGAGGUUGCCCGAGGGGUCGAAUGGCUUGGCAGAGGACGAGGGACCGCUGAGCGUCUCCGAUGCGGAAGAUGAUGUGGACGAUUCCAGUGGAUCUUCAAACGAUGGCGAGGAUGACAUGUUUGCUGGAAGCCUGGACGACACUGAUGAUAUUGAUGACAGCAUUGAUUCAUCAGUUGACUCCGACUUACUAGGAACCAAACCCUCAAAAACCAAACCAGCAAGUCAAGGAGGCGACCGUCCAAUUGACGCCGAUAUGGCAGUGAAGGAUGCUGUCGCAAAAUACAAACCGCCAUUGGAACCUCAGCAGUCGGAUUGUACAAGAGAAAGCACCGAAGAUGAGGCCUUCGCUGCAGACAUAUCAUGGCGGUCUCUAGAUGAGGUUCAAGUUGAAUCUGAUGGGAAAAAGCCAGAGGAAGCCUUGGGACUGUUGGAAGAAGGGAUCUCUGAGCUGCAGUCCGAACUGGACGCUUUGGACGAGGCGCACAUGGGUAGGCCGAUGUUUCUCCUGCCUUAG